AUGAAUUCACAAGAUGCUCCAGUCGUUCCAGAUGAAGAGAGGAACGCUUUUCGAGUACCAAGAAUGUUUCGAAUGUCAUCUCAUCCAAUGGUUCUGUUCUUCUUUUUAUUCUUUCGAACAAGUGCCAUUGUUGCGUAUAUUUUAGGAAUGCUAUUUACAUCUAGCUUUAUGCUUUUAUUUAUCUUAAUAUUUACAUUAUUGGCAAUGGAUCUCUGGACAGUGAAAAACGUUUCGGGUCGAUUGCUUGUCGGAUUGAGAUGGAGAAAUGAAACGGGUGUUGAUGGUGAAAGUAUAUGGAUUUUUGAGUCGGCUGACCCCAAUCGUCCACGAAAUACCAUAGACCAAAAAGUAUUUUGGUAUGGACUGUAUAUUUACCCGGCGGUUUGGGGCCUAUUGGCUAUCCUAGCGUUGGUUCGCUUCCAAUUUUUGUGGCUUUCUCUUGUAGCAAUAGGCAUUUCACUAACGUCUGUCAAUACCGCUGCGUACAGCCGAUGUGACAAAGAUGCUAAGAGACGAUGGGCUACGGAACUUGUGGAAUCGAAUUCUUCUGGAUUUGUAUCCCAAUUCCUUUCAAGGGUCUUUGUAAAGCGAUUUUUUGGCUAA